AUGAAUGAAUACAGCGUGCCAAAGCAAUUCCCAAGAAUACGGGAGAAGAGGGGUUACCAUGUGAAGAAUCCGUGUCUCAGUGCAGUGGUCGUGGACUCUGAAGAGGUGCUGAAGGGCGCGGCAGAGGCUGCGGCCGCCGCUCGGCCCUGCGUCGCGCGGCCCACCGCCAGCGAGGAGUCUUCCGAAGAUUUGGACGCCCGCAAGGUUAGGCAGCGCAAGAGGAUCACUGCCGCGCUUGCCAGUAGAUCAGGGGCGUCUGCCCUUGGGGACACAGAUGUGGGAGGCGCGCCGAGCGUGAAGCCCUUUGCCGAGGACGCUGGAGCGGGCGGGGGUUCGAGUAAAGGGACAGCUGGGACGCAGACUGGCGAUGCAAUGCCAGGAAAAGUGGCAUCGGAAAAGAAGAAGAGGAAAGGAAAGAGGGAAAGGAAGAGGGCGGCCAGAGAGAAGGCAGCAGAGAAUGGAACGAAAUGA